AUGAAGAUGAUUACUUGGAAUUGGGAAAAGCAAGAGGAUGAUUACAAUGUCUUCCUUUCUUUGAAGAAAAUUCGGAACCAAUCGAAGUCAAUGAACAAGUUUAUCACACCGCCCGCAACACCGGCUCCUCAUACUGAUUUGAGCCCUCAUUCAAGCUCUUCGAGCACCACUAAGGAAGAUGAGAA